AUGGCUGAUAAGCCAUUGUCUAAAACUUCAAAUAAUGCAAUUAAGAUGAAACCACGUGUUGGUUUAUCAAGUGGUGUUGCUAUUAUUAUUGGAAUAAUAGUUGGAUCAGGGAUUUUUGUAUCUCCUAAAGGAGUCUUAGUAGAUUCUGGUUCUGUUGGGCUUUCUCUUUUAAUUUGGUUAUUAUGUGGUGGUUAUGCAACAUUAGGUGCAUUAUGUUAUGUAGAGUUAGGUACAACAAUACCAAAAUCUGGUGGUGAUUAUAUAUAUAUUUAUGAAUCAUUUGGUGAAACGUUAGCAUUUCUUUUUUUAUGGAUUAAUUUAAUUAUUGUUAUACCAACUUCAAAUGCCGUUAUGGCUUUAACAUUUUCUAAUUAUAUUCUUAAACCACUUUUUCCAUAUUGUGAUGUACCAGAAAAUGCAAUAAAAUUACUUGCAGUUGUGGCAACAUUACUACUUACAUUUAUAAAUUGUUAUAAUGUUAAAUAUGCUACAAAAACUCAAAAUGUUUUUACAGUUGGUAAAGUUUUAGCACUCCUAAUGAUUAUUUGUUCUGGAGUUGUUUAUUUGUUACUUGGAAAUUAUGAAAAUUUUGAAUUUCCAUCAAUAUUUGAGGGAUCAAAGACAGAUGCUCCACAUAUUGCUUUGGCAUUUUAUUCAGGAGUUUUUUCAUUUAGUGGAUUUAAUUAUUUAAAUUUUAUGACAGAAGAAUUAAAAGAACCAAUAAAAAAUUUACCAAGGGCAAUUUUUUUAUCAAUGCCUCUUGUAACAAUUAUAUAUUUCCUUGUAAACAUUAGCUAUUUUGCUGUUUUAACACCAGAUGAACUUUUAGAUUCUAAUGCUGUUGCUGUUACUUUUGCUUCUAGAAUAAUGGGACCAGUACAACAUAUAAUUCCACUAUUUGUUGCUAUUUCAUGUAUUGGUGGUUUAAAUGGUAUUAUUUUAACAUCAUCAAGAAUGUUUUUUGUUGGAGCAAGAAAUGGACAAUUACCAGAGUUACUUUCAAUGGUUAAUAUCAAAUAUUUAACUCCAAUGCCAGCAUUAAUUAUACUAGGAUUAUUUUCUGCUGGAAUGUGUAUGACUUCUGAUAUAUAUGCAUUAAUAAAUUAUGUCUCAUUUGCUGAAACAUCAGUUGUAUAUAUUGCAAUAGCAGGAUUAGUUAAAUUAAGAAUUUGUAAACCAGAUUUAGAAAGACCUAUAAAAUAUAAUAUUUUAAUUCCUAUAAUCUUUUUAAUUAUUUGUACAUUAAUACUUGUCUUACCAUUCUUCCUUCAACCUAAAGAACUUUUGAUUGGAUUAGCAAUUAUUCUUUCUGGCUUACCUGUCUACUACAUUUUUGUUGCAUGGAAAAAAAAACCAAAUUUUAUAAUAAAACCUUGGAUUUAUUGUACUCAAUUAAUUCAAAAGGUAUUAUAUUGUAUUCCUGAGGAAGAAGAUCACAUAGAGUAA